GUUCUACUCGUGCAUUUACAUCAGAAGUUAACUCAUCAUUUAAGCUAAUUCCUAAGGUUACCUAUUUAACUUCUUUAUACAAUAGAGGAAGAUGUGAAAAGCUGUUACUUUUUCUGGUCCCCACAUAUCCUGAGGUCCCUAAGCCUACCAGGAAUUGACCUUCCUUGCUCACCAGGCACCUGAAUUAUGGAAGAAGCAGAAACAACCUUGUUCAAGUUUAAAGGAUAUAAUUUUAAAUCUGAACUAAUUGAUGUGAACUUUGUAGAAAAUUUAGAUGAUUUUGAAAUCAGAGAUGAUGAUGUCUUCAUAAUCACAUAUCCCAAAUCCGGAACCAUCUGGACUCAGCAGUUACUAAGCUUGAUUUAUUUUGAAGAGCAUCGCAAAAGAACUGCAAAUGUGGACACAAUUGAUUAUGUCCCCUUUCUUGAAUACAAGUUUCGACCACAAAUUCACUUUAACAAAAGACCAUCUCCUCGUCUAUUCUGUAGCCACAUUCCAUACUACUUGGCUCCCAGAGGGCUGAAGAAGAAAAAAGCCAAACUUAUUUACGUAUACAGGAACCCUAAAGAUGUUUUGUGCUCAUAUUUUCAUUUUUCAAAUAUGUUGAGAAGUUUCAAAUCUGCAGUCAGUAUUGAGGAAUUCAUGGAACUCUUUCUAGAAGGAAAAGUGGUAGGAAGCCUUUGGUUUGACCACAUUAAAGGAUGGUAUGAGCACAAAAGCCACUUCAACAUUCAAUUCAUAAUGUAUGAGGAUAUGAAGAAGGAUCUCAGAAGUUCUAUCUUGACAGUCUGUAAAUUUCUGGGGAAGAAACUGAAUGAAGAGGAAGUGGAUGCUGUUAUGAGGCAGGCCACGUUUGAGAACAUGAAGUCUGACCCACUUGCAAAUUAUACAACUAUAUUAAAAACUUCAGCUGAACAUUUAAAGAAUUAUGAAUUUUUCCUUCGCAAAGGUACAAUUGGAGACUGGAAAAAUCACAUGACUGUUCAACAGAAUGAAAGGUUUGACAAGAUUUUCCAAAGGGAGAUGAAAGAUUUUCCCUUGAAGUUCAUCUGGGAUAUAAAUGAAGAAUAGAGUACUGAACUCAGUGAAAACAUUAAAAAAAAACACUUUCA